AGCAUACUCAUUAGCGAGCGUAUUCAGUGUGUAAAAUGUAUCUGUACUCUAAUAGGCUGGUCGAAAAAAUUUGUUCUGCAUUGAAAAGAAAUGCACACGGAUGCAGUGCUAUCAAUACCUUUACUGGGUGGAAGCUCUAAGUCUACAUAUCGAAAUAUUCUAAUGUUUAGCGAUAACGACCAGUGUUACACCCACUAUCGCUGUCUGAGUGGCACGCUCUGCAACCUCAAUAGGGCAUGCUUACGCCUUUACCUCAAUUUACAAUGUUUAUCAGUAAGGCCAUGGCCAUGAGUAUCAUUUUUUUUCUUCGAGAGUGGUUUCCCCGAUUUCCCCGUUUAAUAAGAAUCACAUCAUAAAAGUCGAUGAAGCUUGCAGCCGUUUUUAUGUUGGCCUUAGGGUCAGCAGCCGCUGCAUCAAUUAAUACCCCUUCUAUCGCGCUUAGAAACAAGAACCACUUUUCGUUAGAUUCCGAUGUGGCUGCGCAUGCCUUGUAUGGGAUUAAACCAGAAUAUCGCAAUGAAGUGCUCAAAUACCAUCGCCUGGGAAACGAUGACCGUGCCCGUGCAGCUUUGAUAGCUGGUUUGAACGACAGAAAAGCAUACCAACUUAUAGACAAACUUCAAAAAUUGGGGAACUAAUUUGAAGUUUACCAGAUCUUUUGGGUCUUUUACUAGAUGAUUUACCAGGUCUCUUCUAGAUGAUUUACUAGAUGCUUUACUAGAUUUAUUUGGAGUUACUAGCUUUACUAGAUGAUAUACUAGACUUUUUGGACUUACUAGCUUUACUAGUUUUACUAUAUUCAAUUUCACUAUAUUCAUUCUCAUUUAUCAGAUUACUUUACCC